AUCCUGACAGAUGAGGAGGUGCAGAGGAAGAAGGAUCUUAUCCAGAAGAGGAAGGAGGAGGAGGCAGCGCGGGAGGCCCUGAGACCAAGACUGAAUGACGAGCAGAGCCAGGUUAUCGCCUCACUGGUGGAGGCCCACCACAAGACUUACGACGACUCCUACUCAGACUUCUCAUGCUUCAGGGUCUGUACUGAUCAAACUAGCUUAGCCACUCACAUUCUCACUUUUUUUGCUAUAUAUACAGUGGGGGAAAAAAGUAUUUAGUCAGCCACCAAUUGUGCAAGUUCUCCCACUUAAAAAGAUGAGAGAGGCCUGUAAUUUUCAUCAUAGGUACACGUCAACUAUGACAGACAAAUUGAGGGAAAAAAAUCCAGAAAAUCACAUUGUUGGAUUUUUAAUGAAUUUAUUUGCAAAUUAUGGUGGAAAAUAAGUUUUUGGUCACCUACAAACAAGCAAGAUUUCUGGCUCUCACAGACCUGUAACUUCUUCUUUAAGAGGCUCCUCUGUCCUCCACUCGUUACCUGUAUUAAUGGCACCUGUUUGAACUUGUUAUCAGUAUAAAAGACACCUGUCCACAACCUCAAACAGUCACACUCCAAACUCCACUAUGGCCAAGACCAAAGAGCUGUCAAAGGACACCAGAAACAAAAUUGUAGACCUGCACCAGGCUGGGAAGACUGCAUCUGCAAUAGGUAAGCAGCUUGGUUUGAAGAAAUCAACUGUGGGAGCAAUUAUUAGGAAAUGGAAGACAUACAAGACCACUGAUAAUCUCCCUCAAUCUGGGGCUCCACGCAAGAUCUCACCCCGUGGGGUCAAAAUGAUCACAAGAACGGUGAGCAAAAAUCCCAGAACCACACAGGGGGACCUAGUGAAUGACCCGCAGAGAGCUGGGACCAAAGUAACAAAGCCUACCAUCAGUAACACACUACGCCGCCAGGGACUCAAAUCCUGCAGUGCCAGACGUGACCCCCUGCUUAAGCCAGUACAUGUCCAGGCCCGUCUGAAGUUUGCUAGAGUGCAUUUGGAUGAUCCAGAAGAGGAUUGGGAGAAUGUCAUAUGGUCAGAUGAAACCAAAAUAUAACUUUUUGGUAAAAACUCAAUUCGUCGUGUUUGGAGGACAAAGAAUGCUGAGUUGCAUCCAAAGAACACCAUACCUACUGUGAAGCAUGGGGGUGGAAACAUCAUGCUUUGGGGCUGUUUUUCUGCAAAGGGACCAGGACGACUGAUCCGUGUAAAGGAAAGAAUGAAUGGGGCCAUGUAUCGUGAGAUUUUGAGUGAAAACCUCCUUCCAUCAGCAAGGGCAUUGAAGAUGAAACGUGGCUGGGUCUUUCAGCAUGACAAUGAUCCCAAACACACCGCCCGGGCAACGAAGGAGUGACUUCGUAAGAAGCAUUUCAAGGUCCUGGAGUGGCCUAGCCAGUCUCCAGAUCUCAACCCCAUAGAAAAUCUUUGGAGGGAGUUGAAAGUCCGUGUUGCCCAGCGACAGCCCCAAAACAUCACUGCUCUAGAGGAGAUCUGCAUGGAGGAAUGGGCCAAAAUACCAGCAACAGUGUGUGGAAAACCUUAUGAAGACUUACAGAAAACGUUUGACCUGUGUCAUUGCCAACAAAGGGUAUAUAACAAAGUAUUGAGAAACUUUUGUUAUUGACCAAAUACUUAUUUUCCACCAUAAAUUCAUUAAAAAUCCUACAAUGUGAUUUUUUUUUCUCAUUUUGUCUGUCAUAGUUGACGUGUACCUAUGAUGAAAAUUACAGGCCUAUCUCAUCUUUUUAAGUGGGAGAACUUGCACAAUUGGUGGCUGACUAAAUACUUUUUUCCCCCACUGUGUUUUAUUGGGAUAUGAAAUCACAGAUGUUGCAUUACAUUCAUUUAAUGUUUUACCAUUUUCACUUCAAGUGAUUAUGGGUCUGUUGUUUUGUCAGUCACUCCUAUGUGCACUUUACAAGGCAGACGCACUGUGUUCUUGUUAUAUGUUAAAUGCAUGUGUUGUGUGUUUGUAGCCCCCGGUGCGAGAGGGCCCAGUAACACGCAGUGCCAGUCGUGCAGCCUCCCUUCACUCGCUGUCAGAUGCCUCCUCAGACUCCUUCAACCACUCACCAGGUGAAGGUGCUUACACAUGCUUACGCGCAGGCACACAGUAUACAUGCACCACAAUCAAAUGUUCCAUCAACAAGAUGUGUAAGACUACCCUAGUCGGCAUUGACAAGUCUCUCAAGGGUCUCCUUUACUUUGCUGGGGUAGAACUGAAGGCCAUAACUUAGUUAUGGAAGAAUUUACAAUCACACACCACUGAGGUUUAUUAUGCAGCUGCUGUGUACCAUACAUUUGCUGGCCUUUUAUAACAUGCCUGCCUGGCUGUCUUUUGAACACGCGUGUCCCUGCCUUGCACCUACAUUACAAAAUUGCGUAAUGUGCUGCAGCUUUCUUUACAUGCUCUAGGAACCUCAAUCACUCAGGGCCCGGUUUCCCAAAAACAUAAUAAGUUGCAUGGACUCACUCUGUGUGCAAUAAUCUUGUUUUUAUAACUACCUCAUCUCUGUACCCCACACAAACAAUUAACUGUAAGGUCCCCCACUCAAGCAAUGAAUUUCAAACACAGAUUCAACCACAAAGACCAGGGAAAGAAGGGCACCUAUUGGUAUAUGGGUAAAAUAAAAAAGCAGACAUUGAAUAUCCCUUUGAGCAUGGUGAAGUUAUUAAUUACACUUUGGGUGGUGUAUCAAUACACCCAGUCACUACAAAGAUACAGGCGUCCUUCCUUACUCAGUUGCCGCAGUGGAAGGAAACCACUCAGGGAUUUCACCAUGAGGCCAAUGGUGACUUUAAAACAGUUACAGAGUUUAAUGGCUGUGAUAGGAGAAAAAAGAGGAUGGAUAGUUACUCCACAAUACUAACCUAAAUUACAGAGUGAAAAGAAGGAAGCCUGUACAGAAUACAAAUAUUCCAAAACAUGCAUUCUGUUUGCAAUAAGGCACUAAAGUAAAACUGCAGAAAAUGUGGCAAAGAAAUUAACUUUAUGUCCUGUAUACAAAGCGUUAUGUUUGGAGCAAAUCCAACACAACACAACACAACACAACACAUCACUGAGUACCACUCUUCAUAUUGUCAAGCAUAGUGGUGGCUGCAUCAUGUUAUGGGUAUUCUUGUAAUCGGCAAGGACUAAGGAGCAAGGACAAUAACCUAAAACACAAGGCCAAAUCUACACUGGAGUUGCUUACCAAGAUGAUGUUGAAAGUUCCUGAGUGGCCUAGUUACAGUUUUGACUUAAAUCGGCUUGAAAAUAUAUGCCUAGACUUGAAAAUGGCUGUCUAGCAAUGAUCAACAACCAAUUGGACAGAGCUUGAAGAAUUGUAAAAAUAAUAAUGUGCAAAUAUUGUACAAUCCAGGUGUGCAAAGCUCCUAGAGACUUACCCAGAAACACUCACAGCUGUAAUCGCUGCCAAAGGUGAUUGUACCAUGUAUUGACUCAGGGGUGUGAAGACUUAUGUAAAUUCGAUUUCUGUAUAUAAUUUUCAAUACAUUUGGUAAAAUUUCUAAAAAUGUAUUUAGCAGAUGUUAUUGCGGGUGUAGCGAAAUGCUUGUGCUUCUAGCUUGUAAUAUCUAACAAGUAAUUAUGGGGUAUUGUGUGUAGAUGGCGGAGAAAAAAAUAAAUGUAAUCAAUUUUGAAUUCAGGCUGUAACACAACAAAAUGUGGAUAAGUCUAGGGGUAUGAAUACUGUAAAUGCAGUAGGCUAUAGACCUAUUUAAAUCAUAUUGAAAUACAUUUAAUGUUCAAUAAAUUGAGUUCUAUUUUGCUACUUGUAGGCUACUGUCUGUAAAUUGUCUCAAUAUAUUUCAUAAUGUAUAGCCUUUAAUGUGCGGUAAGCAUUAGAAUUGUAUUGGAUAAGCAUUAGAGUAAGCCGCCUCAAUAUUUUUAGCCGUAGGUGGUAAUAUCUCUCUAGGAGCUGAUCAGUUGUAGGGAUUGUGAAAUAAUACUAAUGUUAAGGUAAGAUUUGAAUUGAGAAAGAUGAUCGGAGAGAAGCACUGCCUUUCUUUCGAUCCUAUCAGUAUCGACACAUGCUCCAACUACGCACUUUUAGUGUCUGUUCUCUUUGCAUGUUACAUCUUCGGCUGUUGUAGGAAAGAUGCAUCGUUAAAGCACUCAUAAGCCUAAGUUCCAUCGCUUCUGGGAAACCGGGCCCUGGAGGAGUGGACUGGCCUUUUGUACUAUUUCAUUGUAAACCUUUUGCUUCAUUUAGCAACCAUUUAUUGCCACUGACAUCUCUCACUCAUUCACAUUCCCCAUGAACUCCUAAUUUCUCCUUUCUCUUUAUUAUUGAACGCCACUCUCUCUCCCAUAUUUAAUCCCUUCCUCUCUUUCGACCAUCUCCAUUAAACACCUUUAUUAUCUCUCCCUGUGUAGAGUCAGUGGAUACCAAGCUGAUGAAAUUCAGCAGUCUGUUGAUGAUGUACCAGGACAGUGCAGGCAGUCCAGACUCUAGUGAGGACGACGGCUCCAAGCUCUCCAUGCUGCCCCACCUGGCUGACCUGGUCAGCUACAGCAUCCAAAAGGUCAUCGGCUUCGCAAAGAUGAUCCCUGGCUUCAGGUGGGACUCUAGCAUAUCAUGUGCCUUCUGGUCUUGGGUCAGUUCUGCAUUUUGCCCACUAAUGGUUAAGGUUAGGAUUGGGGAAGGGGAAGCUGAUCCUAGAGCUGUAUGUAGUAGAAACUUCACCCUGGAGCCCUUCUAUAGUAAAUUAAAGGGAUUGUGUAGGACCUACACAAAUGAUUGCUCCACCAUAUACUGUAUCUUUACACAACAACAUUUAGAUCCGAGAGUGGAUCUUUGUCAGGCUCCUACUAUCCAUUAAGUCUGUAGUAGUUAUUUCUGUGGGUGGACGACUUCAUUAAUUGCAUAGCUACAUGCUUUGGUACAGUGUGUUAUUGUAUGUGUGUAAGGCAUUUCAUAAACACUUAGGACCUCCGGCGGGUACGGCUCAGUGCUAUUCCUGGAAUACGCUGGAACAGAGUGAGUGCAACACAUGACGUGUUCAAUUAAGGUUCCCGAUCCAUCCCCUCCCCAGAUGUAUGCAGUCAGUGAACAUGUUGUACAGAACAUGCCAUGAUUGUUGACACUUUUUGAACUAUAAUAAUUUUACAUUUACAUAAGCCCCAUAUACUUUAAAGGCAAAAUUUGGAUUUGCCACUGCUCUUGGUCCGUUUAAGCGACAAACACCCUCCCAACGUUGACAUAGUCCUCUUUAAAGUAACAGAUCUCAGUCCUCUUUAAAGUAACAGAUCUCAGUCCUCUUUAAAGUAACAGAUCUCAGUCCUCUUUAAAGUAACAGAUCUCAGUCCUCUUUAAAGUAACAGAUCUCAGUCCUCUUUAAAUUGAACUAUGGGAGAGAAAGAAAAGCCAAAUAACUCAGUUCUUUGUAUUCACACUGCCCUGCUUUUGAAUGAGGACUCAACCUUUUUGCCACUUCUUUUCUCCUAUUUCGUAGUCCGAGUCCUCUUUGCGUUCACAUUGCUGUGUUUAGAAAGGAACCAAGAUCUUUUUCCAAAAUUCUGUCAAUGCACUCUGGGUUUUUACAAAGUGCAGGACAAGCCAUUUAAUCAGAACGUGUUAUCGGACAGCUACAUAUACCUACUUGCAUUUUGGAAGCUAAUAGAUUUCAUUUAGUAAAAGUUGAGACAUAAUAGUUGUAAUCGGAAGAUAUUAUUAUCAUGUAAAUAUUAUUCUUAACAGAAUACAUAGCAGAAUAAUAACUGCAGAUUAAAUAAUGCUGUAAAUGAAAAUUGUAAACCCAAUGGAGGCUACUGCCCCUUUAAGAGCUAGAAUAGAUUUUGUAUCCUAUGUUGUGAUUCUCACCAAGUAUGUUAUUGUCUUCAAACACUAUUCAAACCCCACAAUCAAAUAAACAGCUUAUGAUGCACUCUUAGCCUAUAGAUCACAUAUUGCAAACAAAUAAUCUGAACUAAAAAGUCUACACAUAUUUUGGAAUUUCUGUGCAUCCUUGACAAUCGCUAAUCAAUAUCCAAAAACAGCACACAUUUUUUUCUGGGAAUCUGCACAUCGUCUUCUCUCUUUUGUGGCACUGAUGUGAGGGGUUAUGGCAGGAGAAAACAGUGUUUCAGUAGUUUGGUGUGGGAAUAAUAUCAAUCGAACCUGGGGAGCUUUGUGUUCACAUUGCCCUAACAAAGGGAACCGGACCCCGGAAUUCAAGUAAACUGAACUCCGACCACCUCUCAAGGUUUUGAGGGGUCAGAGUUCCUUUGGAGUGUUCACAGUGCACAAAAAAUUAAGUGAACCACACAGUUCACAAUACAUUUCUGAAAGGGACCAAGUGUAAAAACACCUUUAACACAGCUUUUUGCUACCAUUCAUACUUUAUCAACUAUAAAGCUUGUUCUAUCCCCAUUCAUUUCAAUGGCGAAAUGCAGGCUUCAGCAUUCUAAAGUGAAAUCACUGCCACAGAAUGUUCAAACUAAAACAUUUUGAGAGCUUAAAAACACAUAUGGCUUAUGACGCUAAUAGUAUUCACUCAUGCUUACUAAACUAGCCCACUAUAAUAACUCCACACCUACAAGCCACCCCAAAAUAGCUCACUCUAACCAGAAGGAAGAGGCAAAGUGAGAACCUGUCCGCGUGAAAAUACAGUGUUAACCAGUGGAAGUGGGGAUAUUUUUGUAUGGGGUUCAAUGGUCAACAUUAAAUCGAAUUGCUCAUUUGCUACGUGAGGCUUAUUUGAUCGAAUAUAAUUUUCUCAAUGUUUAGGUUUUUACAGAUGUUGUGAUAAGUGGACGAAUGUACGCACGUGACAUUCCAGUAACUUUGAGACAAAUGACUUUAUAUCGGAGUUGUGCCUGUUGUUCACGCGUGUAUUUGCCCUCUCAUUGGCUAGAAUGUUCCCGACUGAUCCCACCUUCUCCCGCCUGCCCUUCCGCCUUUGCAGACAUGUAUUCCCAUUGUUAGAGCGGUCAGUCCAGUAUCUUGUUAGUAUAUCAUUUAGAUCAUCUUUGCCAAUACUAGCCCAUAGGCCUAUGAAAACCCUAUAAUUACUGCAGUCACUACUACUACAGGGCUCUACAGUGCAACCAUUUUACUCGCAUAUGCGCCUAAAUAUUUUGCUGUGCGACCGGAAUUUACAUUUUGGAGCACCAGUGUGCCUAGAAAUAUGAAAGAUUCUAGCUUUAUUACCUCAAAUAUUUUUCAUUGUGCUCUUAAAUUUCUUUGUGCGCCUCCAUUUUUCAACUUGCACGACCACUACUCUUUCACAACCAUAUGCUUCAAGACUAGCAAGUACACACAUUUACCUCAGGUAAUGUCAUUUUCUAGUUUGGUGUUAACCUUUGUACGGGUGUGUGAAUAUGGAUGGGGAGAGGGAGAGAUGUGGGUGGAGGGGAUAGGGUAGAUAGAACAGCAUGCCCCUGUGUGCUCAUGCUCAAUAGGAAACAGUGGAACGCAGUCGUCCCGGUAACCAUAGAAUGCAUUGUACAUCCAGUCCUUCCUGUUUCUCUCCUCCCCUAGAACAUUCUAAAGAACAGUGCUGAUUCACUCAUCCUGCCAGAGAUGAGAUGGAAAUAGAAUUGUAGUUUUAUUCAGACAAUCCUGCAAUUCCAGUUUCAAGGAUAAGAACUAGUUUGUUUAGUUAGGAAAUAAAUGAACAGCAUUGUCCAAUCGGCUCCAAGAUUCCAGCCUUGGUAUGGUGUCAUGCUGAUUCAAUACAUGUUAUUGUGUUUCCAGAGGGCUGACUGCUGAGGACCAGAUCGCCCUGCUCAAGUCAAGUGCCAUCGAGAUCAUUAUGCUACGCUCCAACCAGUCCUUCAACCUAGAGGACAUGUCCUGGAGCUGUGGUGGUGGCCCUGACUUCAAGUACUGCAUCAACGACGUCACCAAGGGUGAGACACAGAGACACACGGAGACAGAGAGAGACACACACACACACACACACACACACACAUAUAUAUAUAUACAUACACUCUUCACACUACAUAAAGUGCCUUCAGAAAGUAUUCAUACCCCUUGACGUAUGCCACAUUUUGUUAGCCUGAAUUCAAAUUUGAUUAAAUUGAUUUUGUUUCUCACCGAUGUACACACAAUGCCCGAUAAUGACAAAGUGCAAACAUGCUUUUAGACAUUUUUGCACAUUUAUUUGAAAUAAAAUACAGAAAUAUCUCAUUUACGUAAGUAUUCACACCCCUUUGCUAUGACACUCCAAAUUGAGCUCAGGUGCAUCCAAUUUCCUUUGAUUAUCCUUGAGAUGUCACUACAACUUGAUUAGAGUCCAUCUGUGGCCAAUUCAAUUGUUUGGACAUGAUUUAGAAAGAAACACAACAUUCUAUAUAAGGCCCCACAGUUGACAGUGCAUGUCAGAAGAAACUAUACGAUGAAGUUCAAGGAACUGUCUGUAGAUCUCCGAGAUAUAUAAUUGUGAUGAGGCAUAUAUUUGGGGAAGGGUAUAAAACUAUUUCUAGAGUGUUGAAAGGUUCCAAGAGCACAGUGGUCUCCAUCAUUGGGGAUACUUUUCAGCUGCAGGGACUGGGAGACUGGUAAGGAUGAAGGGAACAAUGAAUGGAGCCAAAUACAGGCAAAUCCUUGAUGAGAACCUGCUUCAGAGUGCAAACGACCUCAGACUGGGGCGAAAAAUUACAGGACAAUGACCCCAAGCAUACAGCCAAAGCAACACUAAAAUGGCUUCAAAACAAGAAUAUGAAAGUCCUUGAGUGGCCCAGCCAAAGCCGAGACUUGAAUCCCAUUUGAAAAUCUAUGGAAAGACUUGAAGAUUGCUGUUCACCGUCGCUCCCCAUUUAACUUAACAGAGCUUGAGAAAAUCAGCAAGGAAGAAUGGGAGAAAAUCCCCAAAUCCAGAUGUACAAAGCUGAUGCAGACAUACCCCAGACGACUCAAAGCUGUAAUUGCCGCCCAAGAUUGCUCCUACAAAGUAUUGACUCAGGGGGCAUGAAUACUUAUCUAAAUUAGAUUUCUGCAUUUGAUUUUCUAAAAAAUGUUUUCACUUUGUUAGAUAUAUUUAAUCCAUUUUUAAUUCAGGCUGUAACACAAAAUGUGGAAUAAGUCAAGGGGUAUGAAUACUUUCUGAAGGCACUGUAGUUCACUCACUAUGUCAAACGGCCCCCUGUCUGCCCCUCCUUGUAGCGGGUCACACUCUGGACCUGUUGGAGCCACUGGUGAAGUUCCAGGUGGGCCUGAAGAAACUCAACCUCCAUGAGGAGGAACACGUGCUGCUCAUGGCCAUCUGCCUGCUGUCUCCAGGUAUCUACCUGAUCGCUGCCAUGUGUGCUUGUUCGUGUAUGCUUUACAAAUGUUUGUACAUGUAUGCCUUGUGUUUGUGCACACAAGUUCAGCAUGUGCUUGGUUAUACACGGAGUGUACAAAACAUUAGGAACACCUGCUGACCAGGUGAAUCCAGGUGAAAGCUAUGAUCCUUUAUUGAUGUCACUUGUUAAAUCCACUUCAAUCAGUGUAGAUGAAGGGGAGGAGACAGGUUAAAGAAUGAUUUUUAAGACUUAAGACAAAUGAGACAUGGAUUGUGUAUGUGUGCCAUUCAGAGGGUGAAUGGGCAAAACAAAAGAUUUAAGUGACUUUGAAAGGGGUAUGGUAGUAGGUGCCAGGCGCACCAGUUUAAAUGUGUCAAAAACUGCAAUGCUGCUGGGUUUUUCACACUCCACAGUGUCCCGUGUGUAUCAAGAAUGGUCCACCACCCAAAGGACAUCCAGCCAACUUGACACAACUGUUGGUAGCAUUGGAGUCAACCAACAUGGGCCAGCAUCCCUGUUGAACUCUUUCGACACCUUGUAGAGUCCAUGCCCCGAUUAAUUGAGGCUGUUCUGAGGGCAAAAGGGGGUGCAACUCAAUUUUAGAAUAGUGUUCCUAAUGUUUUGUACACUCGGUGUAUGUUUGUAUGGUGUUUUUGUGUGCAUUCCCAUCUCUUCAUCACUACUUUUAAUGGCCUCUCCCUCCUCCCCUCGAUGUAGAUCGUCCAGGGGUGCAGGACCACGCUAAGAUCGAGGUUCUCCAGGACAGUCUGUCGGAGGUGCUCCAGGCCUACAUCAGGGUGAACCACCCAGGAGGACGACUGCUCUACGCCAGGAUGAUCCAGAAGCUGGCCGAUUUGCGCAGCCUCAACGAGGAACACUCCAAACAGUACCGCUCGCUGUCCUUCCAGCCCGAGCACAGCAUGCAGCUCACCCCGCUGGUGCUGGAGGUGUUUGGGAGCGAGGUGUCC